CGGCUUACUAAGGCCAGCAUAAGGCGCCCAACUGCACGCCAGCGCUGCAUCGACGCUCCUUGCAUGCACAAACACCUGCUCGCCAUGGCCGCUGCUGUGCAAGCUAGGGCCUACCACAUCGGCGCGCCCGGCAGCAAGUGGGGCCCGGCCGAGCUGUCGCAGUGGCGCGCCGAACACAUCAAGUCGAGACCCUACGACGACGACGUCGUCAAGGUGCUGGAUUCCUUAAGGGAUGAGUACGACGUCAUCGAAUAUGGUACAUUAACCUACGACGGCGUCUCCCACAAGCUCUACGCCGCGAGAAGCAAGGACUGGAACAACCGACCGAAGGUGCUCGUGACGGGCGGCGUUCAUGGGUAUGAGACGUCGGGUGUGCAUGGUGCUUUACGACUGCUACAGACCAAAUGCAAGGACUACGCUGAGAGAGGCUUAGAUAUACUGGUAGCCCCAUGCGUCUCGCCCUGGGGCUACGAGCAUAUUCAGAGAUGGAAUUAUGAUGCCGUGGAUCCUAAUAGAUCAUUCAAACGGAAUGACCCGGAUGCUUGCGGCUCGCAGGAAGCGAGGGCGCUAGUAAACUUGGUCAGAAAUCAUGGCAGUGACGGCUGGGCCUGCCACAUCGACCUGCACGAGACGACGGACACGGACGAGUCCGAGUUCCAGCCGGCCAAGGCCGCGCGCGACGGUGACGUUUAUGAGGAGGGCACCAUCCCGGACGGCUUUUACUUGUGUGGAGAUGAGAAGAAUCCUCGCUUGGAGUUCCAACGAGCCGUUAUUAAAGGUGUGUCUGACGUAACGCACAUCGCGCCGGCGGACCCCGACGGCACCAUCAUCGGCUCUAAGGUAGUAGCCGACGGCGUGAUCCUCUACGACUACACGGCAUUGGGUCUCUGCGGCGGCGUGACCGACGCGCCGCUCACGACCACCACCGAAGUGUACCCCGACUCGGCGAAGGCGACGGCCGAGGAGUGCAACAAGGCGCAGGUCGAGUCCGUGCUCAGCGCUUUAGACUUUCUGCUCGCGGAGCGGUCCUGGGGGCCGGCUGUUAAAGCGCUCGGCGGGGGGAUGCCAUAGUGUAAUUGUAUUAUAUUU